AAUUUUUUGCACUGUUACUUUGCUAUUAGCCCGCACGGCCGCACCCCCUUCGUAUUUCUCUAGCUCCACCCCUGCUCACGGCGGCGGUGGCGUCGUCGGCGGAGGGCGGGUCGUCGGCGGAGGCGGAGAUGGCGUCCGUGGCCGCGGCAGAGGGCGCGGCGGCGGCGCUCCGCUCGGUUCUGUCGCGCGCGCAGCAGGCGGCGGCGCGGGCGGGGCGCGCUCCGGGGUCCGUGCGCGUGGUGGCGGUGAGCAAGACCAAGCCGGUCCCCGUCAUCCGGGGCGUCUACGACGCGGGCCACCGCUGCUUCGGCGAGAACUACGUCCAGGAGCUCAUCGACAAGGCGCCUCAGCUUCCUGAGGAUAUUGAGUGGCACUUCAUUGGGAAUCUGCAAAGCAACAAAGCCAGGGCGCUACUUGCUGGAGUGCCAAACCUUGAUAUGGUUGAGAGUGUCGAUGAUGAGAAGAUUGCUAGCCGUCUUGAUCGAGUGGUAGCUGACUUGGGGAGAAAACCCCUUAAGGUUUUGGUCCAAGUCAACACUAGUGGAGAAGAAUCGAAAUUUGGAGUAGAUCCAUCAGGAUGUGUUGAACUAGCAAAGCAUGUCAAAUUGAACUGCCCAAACCUUGUGUUCUCUGGUUUGAUGACAAUUGGGAUGCUUGAUUACUCAUCGACUCCUGAGAAUUUCAAGACACUGGCCAACUGCCGUGAAGGGGUGUGCAAGGAGCUUGGAAUACCCGAAGAGCAGUGCGAAUUGUCUAUGGGCAUGUCAGCUGACUUCGAACAAGCGAUUGAAAUGGGAAGCACGAAUGUAAGAGUUGGGUCAACCAUAUUUGGUGCAAGAGAAUACCCAAAGAAAAACUAGAGUGCUUAUACAUUCCUGUCGCGAUGGCACAGAACAUGUAGGAGUCUGCAACUGUUCCAAAUUUGAUGAUGCAUCAUAUAUGUGCAGUUGUGCGCCCAUUCUACUCAGCUGAAAACAUUUUGACAACUUUUUGGCUGAAGUAUUAAUAAGGAUGCUGUUGUGCCAUUGUCUGCUUCUGUUAAUAAAAGCAUGCAGACCACAUAAGCAUCGAUUGUAUUUUGACAACGACUGAGUGGUUCCUCAUUAGCCUUUCAUUACUUGCAGAUUUAGCUGUGUACUUGGAGUGUACACUGUCUGCAGAUUUUGUUCACAGUUCCGUCAUCCCAGUUGAUUCAGAAAGUGUACAAGCGACUCAUUCGAACUUCUGUGAUGUAGUAGUUAUAUUUCAGCCACUGUUUGCCUAAACGGCUGUUUAACCUGUUUAAA